AUGGUUGAGCUAGUGACAGUUCAUCACAAGAAUCUUAUAACAUAUGGAGGCGCAUGCCUGACUUAUCCAAAUGUUUGCCUUCUUGUAGAACCGGCACACAAAGGCAGUCUUGAAGAUAUAUUAGUUAACGAGUCCAUUCAACUUGGUUGGGACUUUCGUUUUUCUUUUAUGAAAGAUAUUUGCGCUGGCAUGAAUUUUCUUCAUACAAAGACAAAUUUUCAUUCUCAUGGUCGGUUGAAGUCAUCAAAUUGUCUUUUAGAUAAUCGCUGGACUGUGCGUUUGUCUGGCUUCGGCGCACCUACCCUUCGUUAUGGACCAUAUACAAUAUUAACUGAUACUGAUGACCCGGAUAUUUAUUAUGAAAAUCAACAGUCAUUAUUGUGGACAGCACCUGAACUACUUGAAACAGCCACCUGCCUGGACGAUAUUCGCACGGGCACAAAAGAAGGUGAUGUUUAUUCUUUUGGAAUAAUUAUUUCAGAGAUUGCAACACGAAACAUACCAUUUGGUCAUGAAAGAGAUUUCCUGUCUGUAUUCUCCAUUCUGGACUUAAUCGUCGAUAAGGAUAACCCUGCUUUGGCAAGCGAACGAUCGGCAUCAAUAUUUCCUUUAGAGACGUAUUGUAAACUUUUAAAAAUGGUAACUCAAUUCUUAUUGUUCUUACUUGUAAGCACUCAUUUGUGCUCAAGUUAUGCUGCUCCUGAAGAAGAUUUAAUUAAAUCUCUCCCCGGACUCCAGAAACAGCCCGUGUUUCGACAGUAUUCUGGUUAUUUGGAAGCUCUUGGCAACAGACAUUUGCAUUACUGGUUUAUGGAAUCCACAGGAAAUCCUGCAACAGACCCUGUAGUUCUGUGGUUGAAUGGUGGUCCAGGGUGUAGCUCAAUGCUGGCAGUAUUAACAGAACAUGGUCCAUUUACAAUUCAGACGGAUGGAUCGCUGAAAUAUAAUCCUUACAGUUGGAAUCAGGUGGCAAAUAUAAUCUACUUGGAGUCUCCAGCUGGUGUUGGUUAUUCAUAUUCAGAUGAUGAAGACUAUGCAACUGAUGAUGACCAAGUAUCUGCCAAUAAUUUGGCUGCCAUAAAGAGUUUCUUUGAGAAAUUUCCAGAAUACAAAAAGAAUAAAUUCUUUCUAAGUGGUGAGAGCUAUGGUGGUAUUUAUGUACCAACUUUGUCUGAACGUCUUUUAGAAGAACCAUCUAUAAACUUUGAAGGAUUUGCUGUUGGCAAUGGUAUGAGUGACUUUAACAUGAAUGAAAAUUCUAUCAUCCACUUUGCUUACUAUCAUGGCCUCUUUGGAUCUGACCUUUAUGAAAAAUUGCAGAAAUAUUGUUGCGGUUCUGUCCGUACCGAGUGCAGCUUUACAAAGAAUAUGUCACACUUGUGUGUUGAUGUAGUCAGAGCAGCUGUGAACCAUAUUUACGGCAUUGGGUUAAAUAUGUACAACUUGUAUGCUGAGUGUGAGACUACAAAAUUUGCUCCUGGCCUUGUUUCAUAUUAUGACUUGACUUAUCACUUCCCCAACAUCAAAUAUAUUCAGAAACAGAAAUCGUUUGUCAAAGCAAUGCCCCAAAAGAAUUUACGCCUGACUCCUCCUUGUAUUAAUGGUACUGCCAGUACAGUAUAUCUUAAUGAUGAAAAUGUCCGUAAAGCUCUUCAUAUUCCAAAACAACUACCUGAAUGGCAGAUGUGCAGUUCUGUUGUUAGCGUCAGCUACAAAAUGCUGUAUGAAAACAUGAGAUUGCAAUACCUGAAGGCAAUUGCUGCAAAGAAAAGAAUUAUGGUUUAUAAUGGGGAUGUCGAUAUGGCUUGCAACUUCCUUGGAGAUGAAUGGUUUCUAAAAUCACUGAAGCUCGAUGUGACGAAACCGAGAAAUCCAUGGCAUUACAAAGCUGAGGAUGGAACAACUCAAGUAGCAGGAUUUGUGAUUAAAUAUAGCAAUGUUACUUUUGUUACAGUCAGAAUUCCAUUUUCCAUGCCAAUAAUCAUUACUCUGUUUGUUCUCUUUCUCCCUUCUCCCCCUCUUUCUCCCUUCUCCCCCUCUUUCUCCCUUCUCCCCCUCUUUCUCCCUCCCCCCUCUUCCCUCUCCCCCUCUUUCUCCCCCUUUUCUUCCCCCCCCCCCUCUUUCUCCCUUCUCCCCCUCUUUCUCCCCUCUUUCUCCUUUCUCCCCUCUUUCUUCCCCCCUUUCUCCCCCCUCUUUCUCCCUUCUCCCCUCUUUCUCCCCUCUUUCUCCCUUCUCCCCCCUUUCUCCCCCCUCUUUCUCCCUUCUCCCCCUCUUUCUCCCCCUCUUUCUCCCUUCUCCCCUCUUUCUCCCCCUCUUUCUCCCUUCUCCCCUUUCUUUCCCCCUCUUUCUCCCUUCUCCCCUCUUUCUCCCUUCUCUCUCAGCCAAUUAAAAUAA